GCAUUAAACAAUGAGUCAAGGAAUUCUCCCCUUGCUAUAAAAGCAGACCUCUACUAUCUGUUACACAAAGAGAUUUACAUCAUCUGUAGAUCUCACACUGCCUGAUUGGCUCUCUUUGAGAACAGCCUGUCGACUUCACUCUGAAUCUGAAAGGAUGAAGUGCAUCACACUCUUUCUUGUGCUGUCUCUGGUCGUCCUCAUGGCUGAACCUGGGGAGGCUUUUAUUCACCACCUUUUCAGGGGAAUUGUUGAAGUUGGCAAAACGAUUGGCAAGACGAUCCAUGGCAUUGUCACCGGGGGAAAGAAGCAAGACCUGCAAGAGCAGCAAGACCAACGCAUGUUUGAGCGUGAGCGGGCGUUUAACUAGACUUCAUGUAUCUCUGACAGUUCAUCAGAUGGAGUCACUCUGAGGUAUUGUCUUAGAUGAAAACAUAUGAUGCUUCCUCUUCAAAUAAAACAAAAUCUAUCUGCCCACUGUACCACUGUACCCACUGUUCAAAAAUAUUUUUGCCAUCACUGAAAAUGUAAUAAAUGUAUUAUAACACAACAAAA